AAUUACAAAAUAUGGCGAUAUGCCUUAACACAAGAUGGCUAAUGAACUGCACCUGAGCUUCUGUGAGUGACUCGUCAAAAUGGAUCAUCUGUGCAGCAAGUGUUUGUGCUUUGCAUCUCAAGAAGAAGGGAGGAUCGAGCAAUCACUGGUCACUCACGCAGCAAUGAACCCUUGCCAGAUUUUUGCGUCGUUGGUUAUGUCUAUAUGCUGUCACAUACUGUCGUCAACAGCAUGGUCUGUGAAUAACUUCCUGAUGACAGGACCAAAGGCUUAUCUCGCAUACACCAGCAGUGUACAAGCUGGGGCUCAGAGUGGUAUAGAAGAGUGCAAGCAUCAGUUCGCAUGGGACAGGUGGAACUGCCCGGAAAGCGCACUGCAGUUAUCGACGCAUAAAGGCCUGCGGAGUGCCACCAGAGAGACCGCCUUUGUGCAUGCUAUAAGUGCUGCUGGAGUUAUGUACACUUUGACGAAAAACUGCAGCAUGGGGGACUUCGAAAACUGUGGCUGUGACGACUCCAAGAUCGGAAAAAUGGGUGGUCGUGGUUGGGUUUGGGGAGGUUGCAGUGACAAUGUUAACUUUGGAGACAGAAUUGCUAAACUAUUUGUAGACGCGCUGGAAAAUGGUCACGACUCUCGCGCCGCGGUCAACCUGCAUAACAACGAAGCUGGUCGACUUGCUGUUAAAGCAACACUCAAAAGGACCUGUAAGUGUCAUGGUUUGUCUGGAAGCUGUAGUAUUCAGACAUGCUGGAUGCAGCUUGCUGAUUUCAGAGAUAUCGGCUCCUACCUAAAAAUCAAGCAUGAUCAAGCACGGAAGUUGGAGAUGGAUAAAAUUCGGAUGAGGGCAGGCAAUAGCGCGGACAACCGUGGCGCAAUAGCGGACACGUUCAGCGCAGUUGCGCGCACAGAACUCAUUUUUAUGGAAGAUUCACCUGAUUACUGCGUGAAAAACCUCAGCAUGGGACUACAUGGAACUGAAGGCAGGGAAUGUCUACAAAGCGGGAAGAAUCUUUCUCAAUGGGAGAGAAGAAGCUGCAGGCGGCUAUGCCACGAAUGUGGCCUGAAAGUAGAAGAGAGGAGGAUUGAGACAGUGAGCAGCUGUAACUGUAAAUUUCACUGGUGCUGCACAGUCAAAUGCGAAACAUGCACUCAAACCGUUACCAGGUAUUUUUGCGCAAAAAGGCACAGAAAUCGCCGGCCGCACAACCAUUCACGCAAAAGACAACACACGCGUCGUGGAUGAAGUAAUCCUCUUUGCAAAUAUGUAAAGCUGUAUAUUUCUAAUGUAAAUAUAUUUUAUGAGAUUUUAAGAUAUAAUUUUCUGUAUAUUUCUGCAAGCAAAAUGUAAAUUGACGCUCUAUAUAAGACACAUGGGCUUUCUCGUUCCCACUGUCAAUUGAAUUCAUUGAAGUUCUAUUUUGAAGUUCAUUAUUUGCACUUUUUCGUUCUCGACAUAAGAUCACAGAUUUUGUUGCUCUCAAAAAAUGUUUGUAUUUUUUCAUGCACAGAUCACUUGACAGUAUGCAGUGUUUCACGAUGAGGUUUAAAUGUUGUGUUUUAUGGAACUUAUUUAAGGCAAAUAUUUUAUAUUGUUAUUUUUUAAACUCACAUUGUUUAUAUGUAAAUAUUAAAUUGACUUAUUUUGUAGUGGGAAGCACAUUAGAUAUUUAAAACGAAAAAUCACUGUCUCCUAGUUGUCAAUUUAAUUGCGCGGUUUGGAUGCCAUUGGUUAAAAAGUUUAUUGGUAAAUUAAAGGUGUAAAAUCACACUCAACCACACUUGAAUAAUGCAUCUGCCCCAGCAACUUUGGGAUCAUGCCCGCAGAGGGAGAAUCAUCUGUCGUGUAUUGGCAUCCUUUGAAGUUCUGGAGGCGUUUCCUUGACUUGGCUGUGAAGUAUGGACCAAUAGCUUGGUAGGAAUUCUGCAACAAUAGGUAUUCUUCCUUCUGACCCCCUUUGGAGGAAUAUAAAGUACACGACGGAGCGCGCAUCACUUCCUCGAAUCAGUACAUUGCCUUUGUCUUAUCACUUUGGAUUUAAAAUAAUGGCUUACUUCUUCCGUUGGGCCUUUCUAUUCCCUAUUUGGGACAAAGCUAUCCUUGGACACACUUGGACAAUGAACAAUUUGCUGAUAACUGGGCCAAAGGCUUAUCUUACCUAUGCAAAUAGUGUGCGGGUUGGGGCACAGAGUGGGAUACAUGAGUGCAAACACCAGUUUGCAUGGGACAGGUGGAACUGCCCGGACACCGCUCUGCAACUCUCUACUCACAAAGGCUUGAGAAGUGCAACAAGAGAGUCAUCAUUUGUCCAUGCAAUAAGCGCAGCCGGCGUAAUGUACACUUUAACCAGAAACUGCAGUCUUGGAGAUCUAAACGAAUGCGGGUGUGACAGCUCGAGGAACGGCAGACUUGGGGGUCGUGGCUGGCUAUGGGGAGGAUGUAGCGACAACGUGGAUUUUGGAGAGAGAAUUUCUAAACAAUUCGUGGAUGCGCUUGAGACUGGACAAGACGCCCGAGCUGCAGUUAAUCUUCAUAAUAAUGAAGCUGGACGUUUGGCUGUAAAAGCGACAAUGAAGAGGAUUUGUAGAUGUCAUGGCAUGUCAGAAAGUUGCACAAUGCAAACAUGCUGGAUGCAACUGGCUGACUUCCGUGAGAUUGGCAAUUACCUGAAAGUGAAGCACGAUCAGGCCCAGAAACUCGAGAUGGACAAAAGACGAAUGCGCGCAGGCAACAGCGCAGACAACCGCGUGACCAUGACAGACGCAUUCGGCUCCAUCGCCCGAACAGAGCUCAUAUAUCUAGAGGAUUCGCCGGAUUAUUGUGCCAAAAACCUGAGCCUUGGACUUCCUGGCACAGAGGGUCGGGAGUGCGUGCAACACGGGGAAAGUCUGUCUCAAUGGGAAAGGCGAAGCUGCCGCAGACUGUGCCAUGAGUGCGGUCUGCGGGUGGAGGAAAGGCGCACGGAGGUCGUUAGCAGCUGCAACUGCAAGUUUCAUUGGUGCUGCACUGUAAAGUGCGAGAACUGCUCCCAGGUCACUGUCAAACACGUCUGCACCCGCAGACACGGAAGCCAUGGUCAUAACAGGCGUAGACCUCGAGGACCAAAAUAAAACACGCCUAAAACUGUUUUAUUCGAAGAAUACCUGCACUUUUUCUUGUUUGCCAUUUCUGUAAAUAUUGCUAUAUAUUAAAAUAUUUUAAACAAAUCA